AUGGUGGGUCAGAGGGCCCUGAGCUGACCACUUAGCCUCCUGCAGCGGGUACCCCUCUGCCUGCUGCAUCCAGGGGCCUCAGGCGAGUCAUGCUCAGGCCACGCUGUGCCGGGCAGCCCCAGGCGACCCCAGGACUACCAGAGGAGGCCCCCUCCACCCGAGGAGUGCAGGGCAGCUCCGUGGAGCUGGCUGUGGCUCCCGGCCUGCCCCCCAGCGGUCUUCUGGAGCUUCGCCCCCCAAGGCCCACUGAUUCCGCAGCUCGUGGCUGUCACCAGCAGAGCAGAGUCUAAGGCGGAGGCCGGGGCAUUGGCUCUGGGGGCCGUGAGUGAGCCUACAGAACAGAAGCCUGGUGCUGGGGGAGCUGGGAAGGGGGCCCACGGCCACCUCCUGUGCCAGGCCCGACACGAGGCCGGAGGCCAGCUCCAUACCACCCGCCCCUCCCUUGCUCUGGCCGUGCUGGCUGCGGGGCUUGUGCCCGUAUCAAAGCCUCAGGUGCAGCUGAGCGACCUGUCCCCAGUGGAGGGGACCUCCGUGGUGGCCACAUGUGCAGUGUGGGAGGUCACAGAGCCCGUGACCUUUGCCUGGUAGCAUCAGGCACGAGGCCCUGGAGAGGCCCUGGUAGGGGUCACGAAGCAUCUGAUCCAGCUGGACCCCGUCAAUCGGACACACCUGGGCUGGUAUAUGUGCCCUGCCCACAACACCGUCAACUGGCUGAGCAGUGGAGCCUUCCUGGAUAUCAUCUGGGUGGCUCAGAAAGAGGAGAAGGAAGCAGGCAAUGUCGUCUGGAGUCACACAGCCACCCAGCUCCCCAGCAGCAGGGUCCUCACCUGCACCAGCCAGCACCCAGCCCCGGCUCUGCCUGCCCUCUGCGGAUCACGCCCUCCCCUCUGGGGCCCCACCUGCUGGACCAUGGCCACAAUCAGAGACCAGUUCAUCAUGCUGAGCUGUGAGGGGCCUGGAGCUCCCUGCUGUGCCGAGCUGGUCUGAUGGAUGGCAGCCCACCUCGGCACCAGCAGCCGCUCCUCGCUGGCCGUCCACCUCCUCCAGGCCCAGGACGACCUGGCUGGCAGAGAGUUCACGUGCCUGGGCACUCACCCACUCAGGGUCCCCGACGCCCUCUGCCGGCUCCAGCUAGCCCCACAGCUGGCAGUGGCUGAGCCCUGGGUGUCAGUGCUGGAGGGGGGAGACGCCUGGCUGGGAUGUGCCCUCCUCGGGGGCACGCCACCUGCCCAGCUCCUCUGGCUGGGAUCCCAGCAACGGCAGGUGGAGCCAGGCACUUCGGGGUUCAUGCUGCACCCUGAGGGUGCCCAGCUGCGCCUGAGUGUCCGGGAUGCGCACCCAGCACGCCACACCUGCCAGUGCAAGGCCCGAAAUGCCUUGGGCAACAGCAGUCGGAGCAUCCUGCUGUAGGUGCUGAGUGACUACCCGCAACGUCACCUCACCGUCAGCCGCCUGACCUACGGGAGACGCCAGAGCGAGGUGCAGCUGCCAUGGGCCGUCCGAGGCCCCGGGGACGCAGAGCAUCUCUUUCCUGGGGCUUGGGAGACCGCAGCUGGUGACAUAGAGCCGGAGAGCAGUGGCCGGCGGCCGGGGGGCUUGGACCCGGGGGUCCUCUAUGCCUUCCACGUCCUGGCUCUGAAUCACCGCACAGCUGGAUACCCCUCUGAGGUGAAGACACCAGGUACCACCCCCUUCAGCGCCUAUCCUGCAGUGCUGGAUGCGGCAGGCACAGGAAUGGUAGUGGCAACGGACUCUCUGCUGGUGUUCCAGUAUGCUGCCCGGCACCUGGACACCUUCCCCUGCACUGAACCACUACCCACCACCCCAGGUUCGCAUCCUGCACAAGAAUCCCCGGGGGCUCCAGUAAACAUCACCAUCACAGUGACUGCCAAACCAUAA